UAUAUUGUAUAUCAUUUUAUAUAAUAAUUUUCUUCGUGAUUUACUACGUAGUGGACAGGGUCGCCGCGACGUAAAUGUUCCGUGGAACUUCAUCUCUACGAUUUAUAUUUAUAGAUAAUUAUAAAAGUAUAUAUAUUUGUAAAAUUUACAUAUACUAAUGUAUGAUAAAGUUUUCUUGUAUUAUUGUUUUACAUGAACUUCCACAUAUGAUAGGGGCACUCCCCUACCAUUAUGGGGACUCCAGGAUCUAUCGAGCGCGCUUUUCUAAUAAACCAAUAUGAUUGUAAUUUUCUGUUGAGUUUUAAGGGAUAAAUCGUCAUGUGUUAUAUGGUCACACGUUGUAACAUCCACGCAUUUUACCGCAAAUAUCUAUGCAUGGAGACUUCGGCAAAAAACAAAAUUUUUUUGUUAAUCCUUAUUAUUUCUGUGGCUUCAUUCAUGGCAAUAUAACAGGAGUCUACGUAUCAAUCGAAAUUACGGAAUAUGACAAAACAAAGCUGUACCAUGUUCUAUCCAAUAACUGUGAGAUACAGUAGUUUCCAAAGAAGAGGACUCUUCCUAAGGGUUCAUCUAGCAGAGAGGAAGAAGAGGAUUCAUUGAAGAAAUUGAUGAGAAAAAUUCCUUAGCCAUCAUAGUCUGCUGAAUAAUAAGGCCAUUCCUACUUGAUCCAAAAAUUUCAGGUAUACUGAUGACUUUGAAUUAUGCCUGAAUUGCAGUAAUUAGUUAGAAGAUGCUUUAGGCAUCUGCUAUCAAAAUCAUUUUCAAUUUUUCCCCCAUAAUUGCAUUCCCCAAUGAAGUACAAAAGAAUACUGAAAGUUGUUCCAGCAUUAGGUGUCAAGUCAAGGUUGCAUAUUUCAGACAUUUCAACCCAGUGUCGUUUUUGAAGAGCUGGAUUACAUACACAUGUUACUAAUGGUAAAGAACAUCAGCUUGUGUCAACAUCGAACCAGUCAAUACGUCAAUUCUGCGUCCCUGUGAAACGCGCAAUGGAAUCAUGAAAUAAACUAUUUAUGUUAAUAAAGAAUUUUUCUCUAUUGUUAAGAAGAAUCUAUAAACAUGAGUAAUAUUUAUAUACAAGAACCACCCACAACGGGUAAAGUGAUGAUGAAAACAACGGUGGGUGAUAUUGAUUUAGAGUUAUGGACAAAAGAAGCUCCCAAAGCAUGUCGAAAUUUUAUACAACUAUGUAUGGAGGGAUAUUAUGACAAUACUAUAUUUCAUAGAAUUAUUAAAGGAUUUAUAGCUCAAGGUGGAGAUCCAACAGGCACAGGAGAAGGAGGUGAAAGUAUAUAUGGACAAACAUUUAAAGAUGAGUUUCAUACAAGAUUGCGAUUUUGUCGACGUGGUUUACUUGCUAUGGCUGGUGCUGGCAAGGAUGAUAAUGGUUCUCAGUUCUUUUUUACAUUUGGUCCUACACCAGAAUUGCAGAAUAAACAUACCAUCUUCGGCAAAGUUACUGGAGAAACUGUAUAUAAUAUGUUAAAACUUGAAGAAGCACUUGUGGAUGAAAAUGAUAGGCCACUUUAUCCUCCAAAAGUAAUAAAGACAGAAAUACUUAAUAACCCAUUCUCUGAUAUUGUACCAAGAACAACACCAAAAAGAAGCGAAGAAGCAAAGGACAGUACAAAAACUAAAAAAGCAGGAGUGAAAAAUUUCAAUCUUUUAUCUUUUGGAGAAGAGGCUGAAGAAGAUGAGGAAGAAUAUGUUACAUUGAAUAAGCAGUUGAGUGGCAAAAGUAAAUCAGCUCAUGAUAAUUUAGUAGAUCCAAAGUUAAGCGCUCAAACGUCCGUCGAGCCAGCUGGUCCUCCAAGUAAAAAACGAAAAGAAGAUCGUAGUAGUGACUGGGAAAGUGAUGAUGAAAUAAAAACCACUGAAGAAUUAGAAACGAUAAAAAAGGAGAAAGAGGCAAUGAAGGAAAGAAUAAAGAGUAAACUAAGAGAUACAAAGAAAGAACCUAAGAAAGUAGAAAGUUAUAAAGUAGAUGAUACUGAAGGCGAUAAGGAUAUAGAGGAAGAGUACUAUCUUGGAAAAGAUAGGGAUAUGGAACGUAAAAGAAAAGCGGAAGAAAUUAGAAAAGAAAUCCGGGAUUUAAAACGCGAUGUUAAAAACGAGAAGAAAGCAAAAGAAGCUGAUAAAAAAAUACAACAAGCACAGGAAGAAAAGAAGGAAAAGAAAACUGAAAUUAUGAAAGAGUACAUUGAAACCCAAGAGAAAUAUAAGGAAGCAAAGUCAAAACUACCUAAAAAGGGUAAAAGCCGCGAAGAUUUUACUAUGGAGUUAUUGAUGAAAUUUAAAUCUAAACUUCAAAAUGCUAAAGAAACUAAAAGAGAAACAUCGCCGGAACCAUCGAAAACGGAAAACGAUAAGGAAGACGAUUUUGAUCCAGCUGACGAAUCUUGGAUGGUACAUACAUUACAUUGCGAAGAAAAAGCCCCUGUUUUGGCUAAGGAUGCCAGUACGAAAGACGACGAUUGGUUUGAAAUUUACGAUCCCCGAAAUCCACUUAAUAAACGACGAAGAGGAGAAAAGUCAUCCAAGAUAAACGACGACAAAAGUAGACGAACUGAUUCUCGUCGUAAAUAAUAUGUAUAGAACAAAAUUAUCUGUAUUGCUGUACAGAAUUGUGUAUAAAAUGUAUAUUACACUAAGUACAUUUUUUUUUUUAAUAAAAAUGUCGGUAUGUUCUGAA